GCGGUGGAGCCUGCCUAGCGGGGGAGACCGAUGGGCCGAGAUGCGGCCGCAGCCCUCGCCGUGAGCGCAGAAGGGGUCGCGCCUCGCCGCGGAGGGACUGAGGGGAUCGCCGCCGCCUUCCCGGGAGCGUGAGGUGGCGAGGAGGGGCGGCGAGACGGCGGAGACCUUUAACGGCAUGGGACGCGGCUCUGCCGUAAGCCCGUAGAGCCUGUUACCCGCGCCCCGGCCAGCCGAGGGGCUCUGCUCUGACUGACAUUGCUGUGGACGCGGGAUCGCGUCUGGAUAUGUUUCCUUCUCCGCCGGGCUGUUUCUUCGAUAUCGUGAAGCUGCGUGGGAAAUAAGCGUGGUUCCCAGCUUGGUGGGGAGCGUGCCGCCGGUCCUCGGCGGGGGGAGAUGCCUCGGGGCUGGGAGGCAGGAGCAGGCGCUUCCCCAGCGGCCGCGGCGCCGUGCCGGCUCCCGAGACAUGAAGGCAGGCGGGUGUAAUGGAGUAAGAGCGAAGACGGCUCCUCUCAUCUGCCGUUCGCCCUUCCAGACGGGAUUGUAAACCGAGAGAGCUGAGGAAGGCUGUGCGAAAGAAGGAGGAAAUUCCUCUCGUCGGGUUCCCCCCCACCCCCCUUUUUUUUUCUCCUCCUGCUGCCUCGAUCCUUGGCUUCCCCAGGUAUGACUGCCUCACUGCAGCACCUUGUGCUGGUGCUCUUGCUCUCCAGUGCCACCCUGCUGCUCAGCACUGCGGCUGCUGCCCAGAGUGAGGAGCGGCUGUGUGCCUUUAAGGACCCGUAUCAGCAGGACCAUGGAAUCAGUGAGAGCCGAAUCUCUCAGGAGAAUGGCACAAUUUUGUGCAUGAAAGGAAGUACCUGCUAUGGACUUUGGGAAAAAACACGAGAAGGAGACAUACAUCUUGUAAAACAAGGUUGCUGGUCUCAUAUAGGAGACCCACAAGAGUGUCAUUUUGAGGAGUGUAUUGUUACAACCACCCCUUCCUUGAUUCAAAAUGGAACAUACCGCUUCUGCUGCUGUAGUACAGACUUGUGUAAUGUCAACUUCACAGAAAACUUUCCACCUCCUGACCCUACUGAUACAACACCUUACAAUUCUUCUCAUUCUUUUCAUCGAGAUGAGACUAUAGUUAUUGCCCUUGCAUCUGUGUCCGUACUGGCUGUUUUGAUUGCCGCUCUGUUCUUUGGAUACAGGAUGCUUGCAGGAGACCGUAAACAAGGUUUGCACAGUAUGAACAUGAUGGAGGCAGCAGCAUCAGAGCCCUCACUGGAUCUGGAUAAUCUAAAGUUGUUGGAGUUGAUUGGCCGGGGACGAUACGGAGCAGUGUAUAAAGGCUCCCUAGAUGAACGUCCAGUUGCUGUGAAAGUAUUUUCUUUUGCUAAUCGUCAGAACUUUGUCAAUGAGAGGAACAUUUACAGGAUUCCACUGAUGGAACAUGACAACAUUGCCCGCUUCAUUGUGGGGGAUGAGAGAUUCACUGCAGACGGCCGUAUGGAAUAUUUAUUGGUGAUGGAAUAUUACCCCAAUGGUUCUUUGUGCAAAUAUUUGAGUCUCCACACAAGUGACUGGGUGAGCUCUUGUCGUUUGGCACACUCUAUAACUAGGGGCUUGGCGUACCUGCACACGGAGCUACCUCGAGGAGACCAUUACAAACCCGCAAUAUCCCAUCGUGACUUGAACAGCCGCAAUGUACUGGUAAAGAAUGAUGGAACAUGUGUAAUUAGUGAUUUUGGACUCUCCAUGAAGUUAACUGGAAACAGACUGGUACGCCCAGGUGAGGAAGAUAAUGCAGCCAUUAGUGAGGUCGGUACGAUCCGCUAUAUGGCCCCAGAAGUGCUUGAAGGAGCAGUGAAUUUGAGGGACUGUGAAUCUGCCUUGAAACAAGUAGAUAUGUAUGCGCUAGGUCUUAUCUACUGGGAGAUAUUUAUGAGAUGUACAGACCUCUUCCCAGGGGAAUCUGUGCCAGAGUACCAGAUGGCUUUCCAGACAGAAGUCGGAAACCAUCCCACUUUUGAAGAUAUGCAAGUCUUGGUGUCUAGAGAGAAGCAAAGACCAAAAUUCCCAGAAGCGUGGAAGGAGAACAGCCUGGCUGUGAGGUCACUUAAAGAAACAAUUGAAGACUGUUGGGAUCAAGAUGCUGAAGCUCGACUGACAGCGCAGUGUGCUGAAGAGAGGAUGGCAGAACUCAUGAUGAUUUGGGAGAGAAACAAAUCAGUCAGUCCAACAGUCAACCCUAUGUCAACUGCCAUGCAAAAUGAGCGGAAUCUGUCACAUCAUAGGCGUGUAUCAAAGAUAAGGCCAUAUCCAGAUUACUCUUCCUCUUCCUACAUUGAAGAUUCAAUCCACCACACUGACAGCAUAGUGAAGAACAUUUCUUCUGAACAUUCAAUGUCCACUACACCACUGACUUCUGGGGAGAAGAAUAGAAACUCCAUUAACUAUGAGCGACAGCAAGCGCAAGCUCGCAUCCCUAGUCCUGAGACAAGUGUCACCAGUUUGUCCACCAAUACUACCACCACCAAUACAACUGGUCUCACUCCUAGCACUGGCAUGACCACCAUAUCCGAAAUGCCUUAUUCGGAUGAAACAAACUUACAUACUACAAACGUCAUGCAGCCAGGUGGGCCCACCCCUGUUUGUCUGCAGCUGACAGAGGAGGAUUUAGAGACAAAUAAAUUGGAUCCAAAAGAAGUGGAUAAGAACCUGAAAGAAAGCUCUGACGAGAAUCUGAUGGAACAUUCACUGAAGCAGUUUAGCGGGCCAGAUCCACUCAGCAGCACUAGUUCCAGCUUGCUUUAUCCACUGAUAAAACUUGCAGUAGAGGUGACAGGACAACAGGACUUCACGCAAGCUGGCAAUGGUCAAGCGUGUUUGAUUCCAGAUGUCCCAUCUGCUCAGGUCUAUCCUCUACCCAAGCAACAGAACCUUCCAAAGAGGCCUACUAGCCUCCCCCUAAACACCAAAAAUUCAACGAAGGAGCCACGGUUAAAAUUUGGUGGCAAGCACAAAUCAAACUUGAAGCAAGUGGAAACAGGUGUUGCCAAGAUGAACACUAUCAAUGCUGCAGAACCUCAUGUCGUGACGGUUACCAUGAAUGGAGUGGCUGGGAGAAGCCAUAGCAUAAACUCUCACGCUGGCACAACCCAAUAUCCCAAUGGCACGGUGCCGUCUGGCCAGACAACCAGUUCAGUAGCACAGAGGGCCCAGGAAAUGCUCCAGAACCAGUUCAGUGGAGAGGAUAGUCGGCUGAAUAUUAAUUCAAGCCCUGAUGAGCAUGAACCGUUGUUGAGGCGGGAGCAGCAAGUUGGCCAUGAUGAAGGUGUUCUGGACCGCCUAGUAGACAGGAGAGAGCGACCACUGGAUAACAGCCGAACAAAUGCCAAUAACAACAACAGUAAUCCGUGUCCAGUGCAAGACACAGCUACAGUCAGUAUCCAGAAUGUAGUGAGAAAUCCUGGGCAGACCCAGACUAGAAGAGCACAGAGGCCUAAUUCGCUGGAUCUAUCAGCCACAAAUAGUUUGGAUAGCAGUAGUAUGCAGUUAGGUGAAUCCUCACAGGAUGGCAAAUCGGGCUCAGGAGAAAAGAUCAAGAAACGUGUGAAAACUCCGUACUCACUUAAGCGAUGGCGUCCUUCAACGUGGGUCAUUUCCACUGAGCCGCUGCACUGCGAGGUCAACAAUAAUGGCAGUGACCGGGCAGUCCACUCCAAAUCCAGCACUGCUGUUUACCUUGCGGAAGGAGGCACUGCCACCACAAUGGUAUCUAAGGACGCAGGAGUGAACUGCCUGUGAAAUAUUUUAAAAGCCGACAAAUGACCUUUUUUGCAUUAUUUGAAACAAACAUGCAGAAGACAUUUUAAAAAACUGCUUUCUCCUCCUGUCAGCAACCCCUACCAAGGACUCGCUUUAAAUAGAUUUCAGCUAUGCAGAAAAUUUUUAGCUUAUGCUUCCAUAUUUUUUUAUUUUGUUUUAUUUUUUGAACGUUUUUGCACUUUUAUUUAGUAUCGCUAAAGUUAAGUCUGUCUGUUUUGACCACGGAAUAUAUAUAUGUGUAUCAAAAAUGUGGUCUCAAAAUAUUUUUUUAAAAAAAGUAACAAAAAAAAGUAUUGCUGAUAAUCAGUUUGGACCAGUUUCUUAAGGUCACUAAGAUCAUAAGCAGACUAUAAGACAGGUUUGACUGCAGUGGUGUCUUGUAAACAUGUUUUGAUUUCUGUGCACAAGCUAGUCUAUAUAUUUCUAUGUUACAACGUGUAUUCUCUUUUGAACCCCCUAUUUUUCUUGUGUCAUGUUGAAAUGUGCAAUAGUCUAUAGUUCACAGUAUGCUUUACUGAAAAGUAUGUUUCUAAAACUGCCACACAUUUCCCUUUUUCUAUUUGCUAGUUUUUCCCUGACAGUUGAGCAGUCAGCCGGUCAUGACAGUGAACUUUGCACACCAUAGCCAGCUUGAAGCAGCUGCCUAUAUCACAUUGUGCUCUGAGGUGACAAUGCAUGAAUUUUCCCCAGCUUGAAAGGGCUUUUAAAAAGGAACAACAAAAAAAAAAAUCAGAGCUUGGUACCUUUCCUUUGAUCCUUCCAAAUCAAAACAUGUUUCCUUUGUAGUAGUAGAUGCCAGCCUGUGAAGUUCUGAAUAGAAAACAUUGAACAAAUGUGAGGAAACAAUGUCAGCCAUUUUUUCCAUUUUAUUUGGUGUGCAGUUUCACCCCCUGUAUUUAUGUAAAACCUUAUUUAGAUCACUAAUGGUGUACAUUGAAAAAUACAUUUUAUUGAGAAAUCUUCAUAACUGUCAUACUUAAAAGCUCUAAUGAUGAUAGGUUGCAAAUGUAUUUUGUUUACACAGAGGAAGAAUCAUUAUUCUUAUUUGGCACAAAACAGUUUUGUGAUUUUUACCUUCUUACAGACAGUCUUGGGUAAAAUCAGCCUGAUUUCUUAUGCAGGUAGGUGCGUCCUAAUUGACUGUUGUUGCUGAAUUGUGUUGACACUCAUCCUUCCUUCAGAGUUUUUAGAGCCCCUCAUUCAUCUUCUUAAAAUUUAUUGAAUGCUUUUAUAAUUCAUGGUGAUGAGUGUUUGCAGGGGAGGGUUGGGGGUUUUUUCCCCCUCUGCUUGACCCUUCUUUCAGUUUGUAUGCACAUUGAUUUUAGGUGUCAGUGAACAUGAAUGUAAUAUCUAUCGAGAUAAAUGUUUUUUUUCACCAUCUCAAGUAAACCUUACCUUUUUUUUAGAAUGGUUGAUUUUACCGAGACUGAAAGAAAAUUAAUAUCCUUAUUGAUCAGGACCUUCUUCCGCCUAAGAAAUAUCCCUGCACCUGAGAAAUAUUCUGUUUGAAAACAUUUCAGUAAAAUCUAUUUAGAUAAAAAAGAUAGAACGUGUGUCAGUCUUUGGUACUGAGCGAAGUUUUAUCACUGUAUCUGAAAACUGGUGAUGUUCAAAGAAAGAAAAUCUAUUCAGUCAGCCUGCCAAACUCCUGUGGCAGGAUACUGGCAGCAAACAAUUGCUUCCCCCAGCCUGUCUCCUUUCAGCUGACUGAAACAGAUGCUCUGUGCUUUCAAGCUCAUUUGUUGCCUUGCUGUUACAUUAUUUUUUCCCCCUGAGGUAAACUUUGUGUCAACCCUGUUCUUCUAUAUCUGAUGAUACAACUAGCAUAAUAUAUGCCUUGCUACAUCUGAUUCUUGCUGUUUCCCAAACGCCCUUGUUUUUGCUGGAUUGCUAUGAUUUUCUCUUGUAAUGCUUCUUAAUGUUUCUUAGAUUCUCCCAGAUAUCUCUAAGAGAUAACUCUGGACAUCUAGACUUUGAUUAAGUGUAGUUGUAGAAAUACAAGCCAUGAGACACAUUUUGUUCUCCCUGUGUUCUUUGAGCACCGGUUCAAGUAGUACCUUUUGUCUCUGAGGCAUAAUUCUGUUAUCCACCUGUAUAAAUACACUGUUAUAUGUCCCCGCUUCAAAAAUACAGCCUUUCUCUGUUUUUUUUCACUUCUAAUUCACUCUCCAGCUUCCCAUCUGCUGCAAUCUCACAUCCCAGAUGUUGAAAACCUGCCAGUUGCUCAGCUGGGUUUCAAGACCUGAAUCAGAAUUUUUGGCAUUUGUUCAUAAUGCUGGCUGUGGUUUUCUUCUCUUUUGGCCUUCUUUGAGUCUCUAUUUGAAGUAUGGUAUGUUGUUUUGUGAUGAUUGCUGUAUCAUGCAUAUUGAAGAUUCUUCACUCCUCUCCCAUUGACUUUGCUUUGCCUUGUAUGUACCAUCCAUCAGCAUUUCAGAAUGUGGGCUGAAAAGCAUAUUUAGGACACUCUUAUCUAACUUGAAACUAUUUUUUUUUUAUGCUCAGUGCAAUCAAAAUCAUUCUAGUACCAGAUGAAAAUGUUCUUCAGUUUUCCUUAAACACUCCUAAAGCAAACAUAAUAGUUUCUUUUCCUUUAUCUAUUUCUACCACUUGAUGGAAAGCCUUUGGGAUGAACUAUAAUUAACAGAAGUUAUUGACUUUGUCAUCUGCCAUAGAUAAAUGUAAUUUGUAACAUGAUAGAAAUAUACAAAAUACCCUAUAGAUUAAGCAGAGAAAAAUAUUUAUUUUUAAAGGUCAGUCAAAACAAACUCAUAAGUAGGUACCAAAAUAUUGUAAUUCUGCACAGCUAGAUGAGAUCAAAUUAGCAGUUUGGUUUUAAUGCUUGAUUGAGUAAUGCCCUUUUUUUGCUCACAGCACAUAAUCCAGUCUCCACAGAAUACUUUGUAAAUUAAAUGAUACUGAAUUGUAUCUCAUACUAUGAGGAUCAUCUUUAACCAAACGAAACACAUGUAAGAAAGAGAAUUCUACAGAUCAGACACAUCGUUAGUUGAUAAAUGUACCAUAAUCAGGGGAGACAAAUGUGUUUGUGUUUUGUUUGGGGGGGUUUUAAGAAAAAGGGAUAAUGGUGAAAGUUGAUAAUUUACUAUCAGCUUCUCAUGUAUAUUGCAGACAAGAUAAAUAUAGCAAAAUAAAAAUGGAAUGAUAGUGUAAAUACCUAUGAAUUGUGCCACUGUCAAAUAGGCAACAGUAGAAUAUUUGCUAUGGUAAUUUAUAAUGUAUAAUUCAAGUAAAAUGUUAGAGCAAACAUUUGUGAUGUUUGUAUAUAUAAGCCAAAAUCCAAAAUCUUACUGGUUUUAGAAAAUUAUGUGCUAGUAGAAGCCAGAAUAGUUGCUUAGGUUAAUGCAUUGUCUCUUUUUCUGUUUCCUAUAAUAGUGAUACUCACCAACAUAAUAUGGGUUUUAGAAUGUGAAUUCUAGCCAUUAGAACAGACAUGCCUUAUGGUCAGAUUUAUUUUCUUCUAAAAUUGAUAUUUACAACUCAGAUUACCUGCAACACUUCCCCUAAUUUUGCUUAUAAUGCUGUAUAGCUUCAUGUGCUAAACAAGUAGUAUUAAAAAUGCCUUUCCUGAAAUUCUAAGAUGCACUGAAGUUGCACAGCUAAAGGUAAAGGAAUUCCAGUUAAUAUUGUCAUCAUUAGAAUAUUCUCAGAAACAAAAAACAUUUAUGCUUGUGUUUUGCUUCCUUAUUGCAGUUCGUUUGUGUCUUGUUUCCAUAUAGAAAAUUACCUAAUUUUCGAAGGCAACACUGUUUCAUUUUUUUUCAGUGCACUGGGGACAAAAAAAAAAGCAAAAUGGAUGCUGGCAGGUUUCAGGAAACAAGCAAACAGAAAAACCCCACCUUAUAAAUAUGUUUAUAAAGUACAUAUCUUGCCCCCUGACAACUUUCUCUAAAAGAAAUCUCUAAUCCUGCCUGCCUCAGAAAGGACAGUGAGGAAGUUCUGUCUUUGUAUGGAAUAGGUUAUUGGGUCAAAUUUCAUAAUAACGAAUCGUUACUUAAAAGUAUAUAUUUAUACAUUGUAUAUGCCAUAGUUUCACUGAUCAGUGCAUUUUGCUCUAAUGAUAUUCCUUUUCUAAAUGUUAAAAAAAAAUAGUCCACUAAUAUAAUGUUACUAUGUUCCGAUUAUAAUUUUCUUUUGUGAAAAGAUCAUAGCCAUUCUACUGCUGAAACUUUGUUAUGGAAAAUUCCAGCCUAAUUAGAGAGAAUUAAAAAUUCACAUAUUUAUCAAUACAGGAGAAAUUAAUUAUGCUGUAAUUUUUACUUGUACAGAAAUGGUGGCAGUUCCCGUUGCCGAAACAGGAUAGUUUUUUUAAGUCAUAAUAGUUGCCAAGCACAGUAGCACCUGAUGUCUAAUUAGAAAAUAUGGAGCAGCUUAUCAAAGAAAAUUGAAAUAGGAUUGAUUAGUCUAUGUAAGUUGGAUUAUAGACUGGACAACUUAGUAUUUUGCAUAAAUUUGGAUUUAAUUUUUUCUAUCUAGUCUCCCACUAUCCAUUUUAACAGGUAAAUAUAUUAAACUUCUUUUUUAAUGCCUAUUUUUUGUUCAACUUUAUGCCUUUCUUCAGUCAAAAAGCUAUACAUACUGCAGUGAAGCCAAAUAUAUAUAUUUUUAUGUAAACUCUGUAUGUAUUUAGAUGCAUAUGUAUGUUGUGCAUAAAUGGCAGGAUUAGAUUCUGUGAGUUACAGCAUCAGAUGGUAGCACUGGUAGCAAGUACAAUGUUCUUUUUCAUGUGCCAUUUUUAAGUUGUAUUUAGUGCAUCACAGUAAAAUCAGGAUCAGACUGUGACGUACAGUCCAGCAGUCAAGAUCUCCCAUGACAGACUUGUCACUGAUUAUUUAGGUGAAACAGAUUUAUGAGACAGAGGCAGAGAGAGAGAAGGCUGGGAAUGCACAUGACAAACAUUAUCUGAAGCCGAGUAAUUUAAGGUACCUUGCUUAAAGAUCAAAAAGUAACUCAACGUACAUGAUAAUUUUUGCAAGGCUUUUUUAUGUAGUAGCUAUAGUUAUGUGUGUGGUUGCCAUUUAAAUGUAGUAUUUUAGUCCAUUAAAUCCAAUUACAUUUAGACUUCUGUACUGUCGUAUAAAACACUAGCUGUAGAAAUACAUCCCUUUUUUGAUUCCACCCACCUCCAAGUAGGUUCACUUUUGAUGUGAAAUAGUAACAAAUCAGAUUUCUCAUUUUGAGGUUUCUUCUGUACUGGCUAAAAUUGGUAGCAGAACCAGUUAUGAAGCAGAACUUCUGCAGAGAACAGUUUCAGGCACUCCUGCAAAUCAUAAUGAGAGUUACGUUUGGCACAAGUAUAUCUGAGGAAAUCAACAUCUAAUCUGCUAGUGCUUGAGCCGAAUGCUCUUGAAAUCAAAGAGGAGUAUGCCAUUGAUUAUGAGCAAAGGAGGGUUGGGUUCUGCUGGCACUGGUUUUAAAAAUUUCUUGGGAGGAUUAGCCCUGGGAAGACUCAGGUGGAAUGUGGGACCACAUGGGCAAACCCUGGCUACUGCCCUUUCAGGGGUGUUAACUGCUGCCUGGGUUCAGGCUGCCAGGCUAGGUCAGCACCUCUGCAGCUGUGCUUAUUGCCAAGGAGUGGAACUGCUCCACUGGGUGUGGGAGUGGAAGGUUUCAAGAUAAAUCCUCAUUUACAACAGUUAAUGCCCUUUAAUGUUGAUCUGGGCUUCAUGCAGGUCUGAUUUAGUGGCUGCUGUGGUGCGUUACUAAUAUGAAUUACUUUACGGCCAUUUCUAUUUAUUUCACUGUGGUGUAAUAUACAUAUGUGCAUAAUAAGCAGGAACUAGUCAGAGUCACAUUAAUUUAUAAUGUAAUUGUCAGAUAUUUUUGAAAGCCUAUUGAUCAGCAGUUGUGUAAAUUUGCAAGUCAUUCAGUUGGUUAACUUCAGUGCAUUUGUCAUGCUUCAACAGACGCAGUAACUGUCACGGUAAGGAAGGAUUUCUUCAAAGUUCUUGCAGGCUUCUGCAGAUAUAUUAGAGGAGCAUACAUUCAUCAGGGACAUAGCAUCUUGCCUGGUAACUAUUUUAAAGCAGAAGUAAUUACCUUUUAUAACUUCCUAGUUUCAAGAUCUCCCCAAAGUCCAUUUUUGUAGCCUAUUCACUUGUUUUUAAAACAGCAAAAAGACAUGAGGACUAUUUCUAGAGCACUUGAUUCACUUUUUUGGUGCUUCAGAACUGUAUCAUGAAGUAUCACACUUCAAUCUUGUGUAUUCAGAAGGAAAGAAAAUAGUUAAUGUUUCUGUAGUUUGUAAGAAGUCACAAGAACAAAGAGGCAAGUCCCAAGUUAUAGCUGACUUUUAUUUGUCACUUUUGAAUUUCCUGAUUUGUGACUAUUCUCUCUCUUUCACACUGUUGAAAUGUAUUUAAAAAGAUUUGUAUGUAAUGUUUCUUGUCUGCUUUUUGUCUCUAGAGGAAAGUGUGCUCUGUUCACAUUUAUAUAAGCUGGAAUCAUAUUUUACAAUCGCUGUUGAUUAUUUUCCCCCCAAACACAGUAUAAGAGGAACAUGGCAAAGACUGAUUUCUAGGGUUUGGUCUUCUGUAGAAGAUGAAAUAAGGAGAUGUGAAACUGCCAUUUUCCUUAUGAAAGACUGUAAAGAGAGCAUUACUUUCUGAGCGAGCUUUUCUGGGGACAAGGGGGAGAAACCCUGGAAUAUGGAGUCUCAUCAGAACCCUUUCGUUAACGGGUAUUUUUGGUUUUUCUCUCAAAUGACUGAGGAAAUAUCAUGUAUGAAUUUAUAAAUAAUUGCUUUCAGUUACUUCUUUUGUAUAAGCUGCCCAAUACCCUUGCUAUGCUGUAUAAGUUGUGUUUCAUGGAACAGUGUGAGUAUGAAAUAAAAAGCUAAUUUUUGUUUUUUAAUCAUCUGUGGAUGCCACUAUGAAAGCUGACAUUGUUAAAGCCACUACAGAGUUUUCUAUGAAUACUUGUAAGAAUUGCUUUGUUUAUAUAUAAACCUAAAUAAAGAGAUUGUAUUGAUACAGAGACAUUGGAUAAGAACAUUUAAAAGGCUAUUCUUUAGGUCUAAAAGAAAAGGCUUGCUGUAAAAUGGUGCAUUAUUCCAUUUAUUAAAGAUCAUAUUAAUGACAACAA